AUGGCGGCCUCCAGUGCGGUUGGGGACCGCGGAUGGCCGCGAAGGCUAGUCUCGGUCUCGGUCUCGGUCUCGAUGGGGCGGGCAGUGGCGGCCGCGGCGCUGGCGCUGCUAGGCUGGCUGCAGGCGGUGCGCGGCGCCGGAAUUUCCCCGGUGGACCCUGUGCUGCAGCCCUACUUUCCUGCCUCGCACGGCCCCCAGCACAGCCACAGGCACGUCAGAGACUGUCAGCCCCUCAAGUACGGCAACGUAACACACGAAGCUUGGCCCAGCGACAACAGCACGCGUGGCCCGGUGGCCACCACCAGAACGUUUGUGUCUUACAUCCCCCCGGAGGGUGAGGACCGUAGGGCGGUCUAUGGCCACUUCACUUUUGUGAGGAACCCCCUGAGGACCUUCUCUGUGUUGGAGCCGGGUGGCACAGGCGGCUGCCAGGUGCACCGCAGGGCAACUGUGGAAGAGACCGCAAGGCUUGGGAGGUGUCUGGUGGCCCAGAAUGGCGGGUACUUUGACAUGGGAACUGGAGAGUGCUUUGGGAACGUUGUGAGUGAUGGGAAGCUGGUGAGGAACUCAGGAGGUCUGCAGAACGCCCAGUUUGGUAUCCGGAAGGACGGCACCAUGGUGUUCGGUUACCUGUCUGAGGAAGAUGUCUUGGAUCAAGCAAACCCUUUCGUGCAGCUCGUGAGCGGGGUAGUUUGGCUCCUGAGAGGUGGAGAAGUGUACAUCAGUCAGAGCCAACUGGCUGAGUGCAGUGACACUCAAACCACAGGAACCUUUGACAAGUUCAUCAAUGUGAUAUCAGCCAGGACUGCAGUUGGACACGACAGUCAGGGGCAGCUGGUUUUGGUUCAUGUGGAUGGACAGACAGAAUCCAGAGGGGUCAACCUCUGGGAAAUGGCUGAAUUUCUGAAGCAGCAGGGACUCAUCAAUGCUAUCAACCUGGACGGGGGAGGCUCUGCCACUCUGGUCUUGAACGGGACCCUGGCAAGCUACCCCUCUGAGCACUGCUCCUUUGACAGCAUGUGGCGCUGCCCCCGGAACAUCUCGACCAUUGUGUGCAUCCACGAGCCCAGCUGUGAGCCCACAGACUGCAGUGGCCACGGGACCUGUGUGCAGGGGCAGUGCCGCUGCACUGGGGCCUUCUGGAGAGGUCCAGCCUGUGACAUCUUGGACUGUGGUCCUUCCAACUGCAGCCUGCAUGGCGUCUGCACCGACUCUGGAUGCCUGUGUGAUGCUGGCUGGAUGGGAAGCAACUGCAGCGAAGCCUGCGCUCCCGGACUCUAUGGGGCUGCUUGUGGCUGGGUAUGCCUAUGCCAGAACGGUGGCUCAUGCAAUCCUGUGCAUGGAGCCUGUUCCUGCCCAGCUGGCUACCACGGCACCAGCUGCGAGCAAGAGUGUCCAGUGGGCUGGUAUGGGCCAAACUGCCAGGAACGAUGUCCCUGUGAGCACUUAUGUCCCUGUGACCCGGAGACGGGCAGCUGCAACAUCACCUCCAGCGAGUUAAACAAAGCUGAACAGUGUUUGGCUUCCCAGAGUAAAGGAAGGAGCAAAGAAAAAUUCUCUCUGUCAGAGAAAACCUGGAUCACCACGACCUCUGUCUUGGCUCUGCUGCUCAUGAUCAGUGCCAUGGGCAAUGUUGGCCUUUUCCUCAAGGCCAGGUCAGAGAGGCACCAUGAGGGUGGUGACUACCUCUAUCAGCCACUGAGGAAGAUUAAUGGGGAAGCCAGUCCUACCUCCUCCUUGGCUGCCUGGGAGACAGAAGAUGCUCAGGACCAGAAUCAAGCCCUUCUCUAGAGUCCUGGCCAAGAAGAGGCAAGGGAUCUUACCUGCACCUUGUACUGACUCUCAGAGGCUGUUCUGACCUCACAUCUAAAACUCCUGACUAAUGCCAGAGCAGCAGCAGAUCCCUCAGUCCAAGAAACUCCCUUUGCUGCUGGCCCAGCCCUGUGGAGAACAUGGCCAGAUUAUCAGCCAUCCCCUCCUGCUUCAGCCAGGGCCAGCUGGAGUGGUUAGUUGCCAUGAGAGGACACAGGGCAUGAGCCCUGGGGCCAGUGCCCACACACAGAGGUGGGUAAGGGAACUCCACAGCUACAGAAGGAAAGGGGCUGGUUCCCCUCCCUUCUUGAGGUAAACAGGUGAGGAAUGUGAGCCAUGGGCACCUCAGAUAGGUCCCUUUCCACUAGAGCAGCAGGAAGUGCUUUUAGGGUGCAAGAUAAAUUGCCUUUUGUAUAAAGCUAGGCUUAAGGAAGCUGGCCUAAGGAUGGUGCAGUCUGUAGAUGUCUGCUCUUCCCUGCUAAGCUCUGACUUUAUCAGAACACUGAUGCAUCUGAUGGAGGCUGUUAGAGCAGCUCAUGAUAAACCAGCAUUCUCCAGUCUCCUCCUGGCUCCAUGGGAGCCUCCAAGGCCAGCACAGCAUGGUGGCUGCUGGCAGCAUGUUCUUAACCUGGCCUGGGCUGACCACAGGGCUGGGAUGUUGUUUUACCUAAUCCUUCCUCCUAGGAGUAGUACAGGAGGUAUGUGAUGAGCAGCAGCCUGGCACAGGCAAUGGCCCUUGCUCACUGCUGCUGGAACUGCCUUUCCCUCAGCAGAAGGACAAGCCCACGGCCAACAAGUGCUUCAGGCCCCCAGAGCCUGAGCACCUCGGCUGGAAUCAGGUAUUUUACUGGAAUACAUCCUUGCACAACCCAUUUAGGCUUUGAAUUUGCUUCCAUGUGAAUGACAACCAGCCCAGAUGUGCACCUCUGGUGCUGCAAGGGGGUUAGAGCCCAUCUGAGCCUGAUACUAACAUUUUUAUGCAGCUUUUCAUCUCUUCAGAAAAAGGCUAUGUAAUUCUUCUGCCACUGUUGGCAUCAAAUCAACCUGUAAAUGGAAGAUUCUAUUUUUCUAUUACUUACAGAGGCAAUUUGAACCCUGAAUAAAGUCUAUUAACAGUAA